GCACGUUCCUAGGUCGAGGUCAACUGUGUAAGAAGGCUCUAACGCCCAAAUAGGGGCCCCACCCACUCCAAUCCGAACCCAUUAAGUGGCACCGUUUGCCAUCCAAAGUCGACGACUUUGAAAACUACCGCAAUCCAACGCCUACGCCUGCAACGGAGAUUGGGGAUUGGACACGAAUGUGAGGCAAGCACGCAAGUGAAAUGUCUGCCACGGGGCCGAGGCAGGUCCUGAGCACUUGAAAACACCUGUUUGUAUGUCAAAGCGGGUCUCAGACAUCAAUCAGGCAGCUGACAUCCCAUAAAGCAACGCUAUGGCUAUGGCUUUUCAAUCAGGUUGAGCAACAGGUGCGGUACUUGAGCUGCCCGGAGAGUGCUUCCUCCUGGGGAGUCCUCUUCCCUUCCCCAUGAAGGUGUUCUGAUAUGCCACGUCAGUGGAGCUUCUGCUGAACUCAAAAACAACCGUCAACUAGGCGACUGUCAAAUGUGCCGCACGUAUCCGGCGAUUAUCGACCAAACAGCAGCGAACUUUACGCCACUUUCUGGGUCUCCGUUUUUGGCGCAGACACAUAUUGGAUUUCAACGGCUGCGGAACGUCCUAGAAAAGAAGCUGCUCGAGCAGCAAUCAAACCAAACCAGCAAGACACACCAGCAUUAGGUGGCCAUGGAUGACCGCACCAUUGACUCGAUCUUUCUGGGCUCCCUGGAGGCCCUACCACCGGUUAGCUCCAAGAUUGUGCGCAUCUUCACGAGCUCCACGUUCACGGACACCACCAUGGAAAGGAACACGCUGAUGGCCAAGUGCUAUCCCAGGAUCAAGGACUAUUGUCGCGAGAAGCACGGCCUGGAGUUUCAAGUGGUGGACAUGCGAUGGGGUGUGCGCGACGAGGCCACCGACGAUCACAUGACUACAGAGCUGUGCAUGCGCGAGAUCAAGAACUGUCAGCGGCUGUCGAUGGGCCCGAACUUCAUUGUGUUUCUGGGCCAGAAGUACGGCUACCGACCCAUACCCACGUACAUAGUGUCUUCGGAGCUGGCGCUGAUCAGCGAAGAGCUGACCUCGAUGGGCGUGGACCGGGCUCUGCUUGAUCUGUGGUACAAGAAGGACAGCAAUGCGGUGCCCCCAAUCUCCGUGCUGCAGCCAAUUUCAUCGAUACUCAUCAAUUUCAACAAUAAGCGCGUGCCCAAGCUCCAGGCGGAGGAUCAGGCCGUGUGGUGGGACACCCUGAACAAAAUGCAGAAGCUGCUGCGCAAGGCAGCCGCCUCUUUGGGGGCCAGCAACAAGAUGUCCAAGGAAGAUGUCCACAACUACUUCAUGUCGGUGACGGAGCGGGAGGUGAUCAAUGGCGUGCUGAAUGUGAAGAACACGAAGAACCAUUGCCUGGCCUAUGUGCGGUACAUCAACAACAUCAAUCUGCAGAACCUGAAGAAGGCCUCGCUUUUCGUGGACAUCAUCAACCGGAGUCUGGACACGGAGUCGGCCAAGCUGCUGGGAGACCUCAGGGACACUCGGCUUCCCGCGAAGAUCGAGUCAAGCAACGCCCAGAAAUACACUGUGGAGUGGAUUGGACGCGAGGGCCUGGACAUUGAGACGCACGAGGAGUACCUGAAUCAUUUCAUAUCGCACUUCUAUAAGAACGUGGUGAAGCUGGUGGAUAGGGCGAUGCGCAAAGAAGACUCCAGUGCACAGGGGCAGAUAGUAACUGAGAUCCUUCAGCAUUUGCACGCUUGCAACAACUCGGUGAAGAUAUUCUACGGCCGGGAGGAGAGUUGCGAGCGUAUCAAGCGCUAUAUGCUGGGGGAUUCAGAUAAGCCACUUGUCCUUUUCGGCGACGGAGGCUGCGGCAAGACCUCGCUACUCUCGAAGAGCGCUGCCCUGGUGGCCACCGAAUGGUUCGCCCAUGUCAGGCCGAUCAAUGUCAUCCGAUUCCUGGGCACAACGCCGGACUCCAGUGCCUUGACGGCCACCCUGAUUUCCAUCUGCCAGCAGAUCUCGUACAACUAUAUGCUACCCUUCGAGAACAUACCCGAUGAUCUUGUACCCUUAACAGCACACUUUAAGCAAUUACUAACUUAUGCUAGCCCCAACCAGCCGCUCACCCUCUACCUCGACUCGGUCGACCAGCUGACGGGCACCCAAGACUCGAACAAGGUAUCCUGGAUACCCACGCGUCUGCCAAAGCACUGUAAGAUCAUCAUUUCGUGCGCCAAUGAGCCGGCGAAUCCGACAGUGUCGCACGAGUACCAUGUCCUUUGCAAGAUGAUCGACGUGGAGGAGAACUUCAUCGAGGUGACGGCCUUGGGCGAAGACCUGGCCAUGAACGUGAUCAAGAUGUGGGCGAAGACGGCGUGCCGGGAUCUCAACAACUAUCAGUGGCGUCUGGUGGCCAAUGCCAUCAGCAAGUGUUCGCUGCCCAUUUUCGUGAAGCUUGUGUUUGCCGAAAUCUGCCGCUGGCGGAGUUACACACGGCCCCAGGAGACGCAUCUGGCCAACACGGUGAUGGACUCCAUUAUGCUGCUGUUUGAGCGCGUGGAGAAGCAGCAUGGCCGUAUCCUGGUCUUUCACGCCUUGGCCUACAUCACGGCCUCAAAGUCGGGACUCUCCGAAAGCGAACUGGAGGAUCUCAUCUCGCUGGACGACAAGGUGCUGGACGAUGUCUAUCAGUACCAUAUGCCUCCAGUUCGUCGCAUUCCGCCGCUUCUAUGGACGCGUAUACGCAACGAUCUGCCCAAUUAUCUAAGCGAACGAGAGGCGGACGGGGUGAAUGUCAUGAACUGGUAUCACCGACAGUUCCGGGACACCGCCAAAGAGCGCUACUUCAAGAACAUGAACAUGGCCAUAUACUUCCACUCGAUGAUUGCCGAUUACUAUCUGGGCAUCUGGGGUGGUGGUGUGCCCAAGCCGUUCAAGUUCACCGAGAUCCAGCGGCAUCGCUUCGGCCUGGCCGACAAGGAGGGCUCAGCGGAUCGUAAGGUUCCCAUCCAGCCGCUGGUAUUCAGCAGCAAGGAUGGUCUCUCCAAGCGGUACAAUCUGCGCAAGUUUGGGGAGCUGCCCUUCCACUUUGUGCGCUCGCGACGGUUCAAGGAUCUGUUCGAGCACGUCCUCUUCAAUUACGACUGGCUUCACGCUAAGCUCUCAAGCUGUCCAUUGCAGGCGGUGCUCGCGGACUUCGAGGAUGCCUCCACCAACACGGAGGACAAGGAGGCCAGGCGCGAGCUGAUGCUCGUAGCCGAUGCUCUGCGUUUGGGCGGUGCCAUCCUGGCCAUCUAUCCCAAUAUGCUGGCUCCGCAGCUGAUUGGACGCUUGCUGCCCGAGAUUGGGGGCAAUCCCAACAUCAAGAUGCUGCUGCGGGCCUGCGAUCGCAGUGGACCCAAGGAUUGUGCUCUUAUUCCGGUCAAUCAUUGCCUGCACACUCCAGGAGGGCCCUUGAAGUACUCCCUGGAGGGUCAUCAGUUUGCAGUGUUUGCCUUCUGCCUGACCAGCGAUAUGCGCUACAUGGUCUCCAUUUCCACGCACUUCAUCACUUUCGAUCUGUCCACAUCGGACCUGACGCGUGACGUUAAUCCAGGCAUUGAGGGCAUCAUGCAGCAGCUGGUCCUCAGUCCGGACAACAAGUGGGCCGCCGCAUACUCGAACAACAAUCAGACCGUGCUCCUCAACAUGCUCUCCAGCGAAUUCGUGGUGAUCAACAGUCCCUUCGAAGAGUGCCAUGGUCCGGUCAGUGGUCUCCAUUUGCUCAAUCAUUGUCUCUUUAUCACUUGCAAGCUGCGUUGGGCUCAGUUUGAUAUGCGUGGCAAUCUGGUGGACACCUUCGAUGUGCCUGGCGAGAACGAGGAUUGGGAGAUCUUAACCAUGGAGUUUUUCAGUCCCACGGACUACAAUGUGGUCUUCUGGUCGGGUUCCAUCAAUGACAUGCGCCUGAGGCUGGACUCCUGUCGCGGAGGGAACUACUCCAAUUCGGAGAGAUUCUACAGUGCCUUGGCCAUGAACAAGCAUCGCUCGCGGGCCUAUGGCUGUGCCAAUGAAGAUAACUUUGAGGUUUCCGUGUUUGACUUUGUGGAGGAUGAGGAGAGCGGUGCCAUCAGCUGGAAUCUGGUGGAGAGCCUGCCGCGCUUCGAGAAUGACGACAAGGAGAUGCUGCUUCAACUGCGCCUGGACCAGCACGAUCGAAUGCUCCUGGGCACCGCCGGCAAGGGCUUUGUGAUCUGGGACUUUGGCAGCAAACUAAAGGACGAGACAGAGUCCCGUCUGACCGAGGGCGCGCUGUACCUGCCGCUCCCGCAUGGCGUGCGGAACAUCACCACCCGCAUCAUGCAGUCAAACUCCAUUAUGGUAAGCUCCCGGCUGGAUUAUGCCGUCGCCGGAGUUCGCAAGAAUCUGUAUGUGUGGUGCCUGCCAUCGGGACAGUUGGCGAAGGUCCUAGACGCCCACUUUGGGCGUAUCAUACAGCUGGAGCCGCUGACGAUCGGUAACUGGAACAACCUCGUGACCUCCUCCAUAGAUCGGUCGGUCAAGGUCUGGAACAUCAACAAUAUCUUCGAGAAGGUGCACGUCAUCGAUCGCCACGAGCUCCAGAUCGAUGACAUCAGUCUGUCCGAGGUGGACAUGGCCGUGACAGUCACCCGCAGCUGUGUCGGCGUUUGGGAGACACGCUCGGGCCGUCUGCUGGCCAAACUCUCCGACAGUGCCCUGGGCGCCAUUGUCACACAUGCAGAGAUCACACCAGACGGCCGCUACAUCAUAUCCUCGGAGACGGGUAAGUUUCUGGUCUGGAAUCGCGUCUCCGAACAGGUGGUCUUUCGCGACGAUCAGCCUGGUAUACAGCAGAUCACCCUCUUGGACUAUGGCUACAAGGUGCUGACGGUUUCGGUGCCCAACAUUAAUCAGCGGGAUAUCCUGGCGGCGGCGGAUGAGGCCAAUCGAUUGACGGCUAUAACAACAUUGAGAUCAGUGCCAGAGGGCACCAUCCUGUUCCGCUUUGAAUUCCCCAUUCGUAUGAUCACGGGUAUGCCCUUCCGCAAGUCGGUGAUGACGGCGGAUAAUGCGUACAUCGUUGUGGUCACCGUGGACAAGUUGAACAAGGAUUGCCUGGGCGUGUACAGCGCCACCAACGGGGCCUUCGUCUCGAAGAUCAUGCUCAAGGGGUGCUCCAUUAAGGAGGUAUUCGCUUUGGUGCCAAUGCCCCAUAAGGCCAAUCAGGUGGCGGUCAUCAGCAGUGAGAAGGGCAGCGUCAUGGACAUCAAGACCAAGAAGCACAUCCGCUCCAUAGCCAAGUGGGGCGGCAGCAUCACGCGGGAUGGCAAGUGCGGUUUGUAUGCCCCGACGCGAGGCGGCUUGGAGAUGCUGGAGCUGCGCAAGGGCACCACUGUGAAGACAUUCAUUCCAAAGGUGGCCGAGGGCGUCUUUUCGGUGAUUUGCAUCUUCACGGAGAACGACGAGUAUGUGGCGUACUAUCACAGCGGGCGGAAGACCAUACGCGUCUUCCGCACUGGCGACACCGAGAUGAUAGCCAACUACCGACUGCAGGCCGAGCUGACGGCCAUCAAGAGUAGCAAGGACGGGCGAGCCAUUGUCCUGGGCACCGUGGAUGGGUGCAUGUCGGUGCUGGCGAUUGUGGAUCCCAAAAAGCAAGAGAUGAUCGAGUACCUCAACGAGCUGCCGUCCCGCGACGAGAACUGGAAGGCAAAGCUGGCCAAAAUGAAAGCACGGGUGGGCUUUAAGGCCGCCAUACGCGUGGCUACCAUCUCCUCGCGCUAUGCAAAGCCCAACAGGGGCGAGGAUGAGGAUGUGGAGGGGGAGCUGCUCUCCGAAAUAACAGAGGUGGUGCCAGUGGCCAUGGAUUAGUUGAAUUAUAAAUAUAACAUUUAUUUUCGCAUAUAAUUCAUGGAUAGGAUAGAGGAUUUUGUGUUACAAAAAUACGCACGCGCGUGCUAUGCUGCCUGCCUGACGAGUGUGUGAUGAUCGGGGGUGAUGGGCGGAUCGGGGGUGGGUGACUGUGUGUGACUGGGGGAUUCAGCUGAAUGAAGCUUAAACUAAAAUUUUGGUUAAAUGGUAGCUGCUACAGGCUAAAAAUUCUGAUUUAAGAGUAUAACUUAGGUCGGAAACAGAUGGAUUAUGGAAUCAGAAAACGUAACCAGACGAUAACAAGAAUCGAUCCUAAGGAGGCAACAAAACAAGGUUUUAAAAUCUUUAAACAUGCUGCUGCUGUUGCUAUUUUGCUUCGCGUUGCAGCUCACCAACAAAUCAAUCUAAUUCCAAUCGAAAGCGCUAGUACAAGUACAAUAUAUAUAUAUAGUAUGUGGCUUUAUGAUGUAGCAGGAGGAUCCAUGGAUUAGUGUAGGAAAUAGUAAGUAGUAGUUGUAGUACGCGUUUAUUAAUUAUUGUUAAUUGUUACUUGUUAACCUGCCUUUGAAUCUACAUCUGCUGCCCUUCUGCUGUUCUAUAUCUGUAGCAUGUGUAUGUGAAUAUAUAUGUAUAUCGGGUGCGGUGUGUGCAUAAGCGCAUAUUUAAACUAAUGUUAAAUAAUAAAUGAUUCAUUUAAUUGAAGACGGCCAUCACGACGUCAUCUUUUUUCUUCUCUCAAUCUCUCUCUGUUCAUGUUUUUUCUAUAGCUAUA